AAACUUGGCUUGGUCCAUCAGUUCGGUUAUACAAUUCUUUGGCCGUCCCUAAUACCAACCUCAACCGCUGUCUCGGAGCUCGUGCAGUAUGGCGUCUUUGGAAACAUCAUCUAAAGCUUCGUCUAAAGGCCAUAUCAAAAUUCUACCUAAAGAGUCACAGAAAAGGUCAACGAGGUCAACAGAAGGUUUACAAAUUGCAGAACCUGAACCAUACCCUGAAGCUGUCAAUCAAUAUUCCCCGAACCGCGAUACCAAACUACCACAGCUACAAGACCAAUCAGGCCCCGAUGAAGUAUCGAUACAUACCCGACCAUCUCAAGAGCGCGUAUCCUUCCAUCCCGGACCAUACAGUGAUCAAGCUAGGUAUGGACCUACUAUCGAAGUUCCGCCAGAUAUGGUCAAGAAAUUCUUUGCUCACCGCCGACGCAAGCUUUGGUUCAUUGUUUUCUUCACACUACUUAUAGUUGGCAUCCUUAUUGGCUCCAGUAUAGGAGGUGCACUAUAUGUGCAAGACAAAGCCGAACAAUCCACCCCUGGAAGAGAAGCUACCACUGAUGUAGCAGAUGAAGGUCCAACAACAAGCUCCACACUCACACCAGCGGAACCUUCUACUCGAAUCCAACCCUCGGGUGCGGCAUACGUUGCGCGACCAUUUGGCACCAUCCAAUCGAUCAACACAACAUGUCCAUCCACCCUACUCAUAUCCAGUCAACUCGAAGGCAAGAAUUCGGAAAUUAGUGGCCGCUACACCUACAGCUGCCUCGACAAUACCAACAUACUAGACAAACCCGACCUCAUGGCUUUUACUGCAUACACUCUUGAGCAAUGCGUCGACGCCUGUAGCCAGUACAGCGCUAUGAGCAACAAGAAUGAAACAUGCAAGGCGGUUGUAAUCAACUCACAGUUUCGCGAAAAAUACGAGACGGGAUAUGGGUCGAAUUGCUGGCUGAAGGGUUCGGCGGAUAAUGCUAGUACUGGGAAAUCGGGAUACACGGCGGCAGUCUUACGUGAGGGGUGAAUUAAUAAACACAUCACCCUAAGGAGAUAGAUUUGGUACUGUAUACUUCUUGAUGG